CAAGAAAAAUAGGAGCGCAAAACCGCGGAGACAGUGGGGCGCAGACGGACAAACAUACAGCUGCCGAUUUGGAGUUUUUACCAGUAAAGUAGACAUCUGAAUGCUGCAUAUACACGGACAACACUGCCAAAAUGCUAAUUAAAGAAUUUCGAGUCAUCCUCCCCAUAUCUGUGGAAGAAUACCAAGUGGGGCAGCUGUACUCUGUGGCUGAGACCAGUAAGAAUGAGACGGGUGGAGGAGAAGGGGUGGAGGUGCUAAAGAAUGAACCCUAUGAGAAGGAUGGAGAGAAGGGCCAGUACACCCACAAGAUAUAUCACCUGCACAGUGAUGAAGAUACGGAUCUCUCAUGUAAAGUGCCAAACUAUGUGCGCAUUCUGGCACCAUCAACUGCUCUUAACAUCCACGAGAAGGCCUGGAAUGCUUACCCCUACUGUCGGACCGUUCUUACAAAUGAAUACAUGAAGGACAAUUUUCUGAUUAAAAUUGAGACAUGGCACAAGCCCGACAUGGGGGAUCAGGCCAAUGUACAUGGACUAGACCCAGAGCAAUGGAAGAAGACUGAAGUAGUCUACAUUGACAUCGCUGACAAAACCCAAGUGGAUGCCAAGGACUAUAAGCCAGAAGAAGAUCCUGCCAUAUUCAAGUCAGAGAAGACAGGCAGGGGCCCCCUGGGGCCUAACUGGAAGAAAGAGCUUCCCAGCAACACAAACUCUCCUCACAUGUGUGCCUAUAAGUUAGUCACAGUCAAUUUCAAAUGGUGGGGAGUCCAGAACAAAAUUGAGAACUUCAUCCAGAAGCAAGAGAAGCGAUUGUUUACAAAGUUCCAUAGACAACUGUUCUGUUUGAUUGAUAAAUGGAUCGGACUGACAAUGGAGGACAUUCGACGUAUCGAAGAGGAGACCCAAAAAGAGCUGGAUGAGAUGAGGGAGAAGGAUCCAGUCAAAGGGAGUUCUGCUUCAGAGGACUGAGGCUGUGCAGCUGUGACCGUUAGUACCGCUCCAUCUGUUACUGAGACACCAGCAUCUCUGCCCAGUCCCAGUCCUUGGGAAUUAUAUGGCUGUAUGCAGACCCCUAUAUUGUCCAGGCAAGCCAUGGAGAGGCCCCAGCAGCCAAGAGGUCCACAGCAACCUCACCUCUGGUGGCCAUCACAUUCCUAACUAAUUAUGUCACUUUUCACGUUUUUUUUUAUGGAAAUUUUGUUUUGGAGUUGUAAUGAUAGUAUUUUCUAUUGUCUUUAAUUCCUCAUGUGUUUUGUGGACAAAGCUGAAUUUGUUGGUUACUCCUCCUGUCUUUCAAAAUACUAUAAUGUCUCUGUAUUUCCCUCUUGGUUACAGUACAUUUUUCUUGCCCGGGGCCAACCUGAAUCAGCAGGCUGAAAUCCAGUUGUAGUGUUAUGGCUUAGGGAUUUUUGGGGUAAGAAAUAUGAAACAAUGUACCUGGUCUCUCUUUGAAUAGAGAUCUGAGUAAAACAUGUUAUCCUGUACUGUAUUUUUCAGUAUUUAUUCACAGGUAAAUUUUCUCUGGAUUGCAUAACACUUUUGUGAUUUAAUGGUUUGAGCAACAUUUUGUUGUUCUGUACGACCUAUAUUAUUCAAUAUUAAAAAUAAUAUAUUUAUACUC